AUGGUAGCGGCUACGAAAUUUUCGAGAGUACUUGGAUAUUUUCAUGGUGUUUGGAAUAUUAUUAGAGGGGUGAUAGCUCUCGGAGGACUUUUUGGUGCCAUUACGCAAAAUCGAAAAUUGAUUAAUUAUUUCGCGGUUAUUGUUAGCGCCAGCGCAAUGUUUUAUUUGGUUUUUGGAAUAUCAAUUUCGAUAAUAAGCAUCAAAAAUAAAGAUACACUUGUGGAUAUGUGUGUGCAAAAAUUUAAUGAACAAGCACAAGAAGGAAAUUAUUGGAGUCCAGUUAGUCAUUGGAUGAAGCCAUAUGAAAAACGACAAGAAGCAUCGGCAAAUUCUACUGAUAAUGCAAAUUUUACUAAUGAUGUAAUUCCUCAAAAUACUCAAUCGGAACGAGAAUUAUGUCAACAAGGUGUAAAGUUUUACAUUGGAUUUGCUAUUACAUAUACCAUUCUCGGUUUCUUACUUAUGGAUUUCGGUAAUGAACUUAAAAAAACAGAUAUGCUUAAAAUUAUAGGAGAUGAUGAAAGAACCGUUAUUCCAAAACCACCACCAAGAGGAAUUUCUUCUGAAUAA